AAAGGCAGGCAAGCAGGCAGCAAGGAAGCACAGUACAUCGAGAGACACGAAGAAAGAGAGUUCACGGUGUGUUUGUAUGUGCGCGCGUGUGUUGUCGCUGGCCACGACUUGUGGCUUCUUCGUGUAUUCUUUCAAUGUUAAAAACGGUCAAGAUAAAUGCCUCGUUGACAUAAAGUAUCGGGAGAAGCCUGGCAGAAGGUUGAAAAAAGGCAACAGACAAAAAAUAAACUACAAAGAGUUCAAGAAAAAAGAAAUGAAAAAAACGUUCGCCAGCCGUUCUCCAAACGGUGACUUCGAGUCUCUCGGUGUUUCCGGUGGUUCCGUGUUCUCCUCGUGAGUCUCUCUCUCUCUCUCUCUCUCUCUUCUACCCCCACUCGACUCACCUGCUGAAUAUCCUCGCGACUCCUGGAGCGUUAUCAAACAUAUUUUAGACAAUGCAACAAUGAAUAUGAAUUUGCAACGUUCUCGACACGCGAGAAAACACGAUUGUUUAGGGUGAAGCUCCACCUGCUUUAUGGGAAUUGCGCGAAAUCUGUGUGUUCAUAAGGAUGAGAAAAAAACUCGCAUCGAUACCCCUGUGGAAGACAACAAAACUCACUUUCGUUAUAACCUGCGAAAAUCUGCACACGUUCAGUUAAAAAGAAGCGUGUUUCGCGCUGCAACAGAACGGAUAAGAAACGGGAGUUUUUAUUUUUUUUCUUCUCAAAGUUUUUUCCUCUUCUCCGCUGAAGUGUCGCGAUAUGGGUGCGAGCGAGAGGGAUCGAAGAACCGAGAAAUAACGCACCGACGUUUCGAGUUUAAAACAGAAGAAAGAAAAAUAUAAUAGCCCGCGAGAGAAAGAAGGAGAGAAGUAAAGAAAGGAAAAGAGUGCGUAAGUGCCCUCUCGUCCGUCGCCCGGUUUACGCGUGUGUUUCCAACAAAAAAAAUUUAUUCCAUGUGUGUCCGUGUGUGUCGCUAGUGUACCCGUUCUUUUCGGCGCGCAGUCGCACAACCGAGAAUUACGCGCGUCGUGCAUGUGUUUUUUAUGUUCGCGCGUCUAUACACGGAUGUGUAAGCCUACAUAUAUAACAGUUAUGUGUUGUAUACCCGCGCAGUUUAGAGUUAGUCUGCCCGGUGCGGUUUCUCUUUAUAUACGUAUAUUUCAAUAUAUAUCCAUAUAAAUAUACAACACACACGUACGCGACUGUACAUGUAUAUAAAGUGGCCGUAAGAUUCAAUGUGUGGACUCGUCCAGGCUCACGCUCUGGCUCGCGCACACGUUCUCAGGGAGAGCAACGAUAGAGAGCAUGAGAUUCGGGUUCAAUGAAAUAAAAAUUCUGUGAUCACUUAAUUAUAAGAUUCGAGAUACAACGAAUGUGUAACGAAGAAAAGGGGAAAAAAGUCAGAGACAAGCGUUCGAUUCGUAAAUUAUAAAUCUUUGGAAAAAGGUUUAAAAAUCGAAGAGGAAGGAGGGAGCUACGGUGUUGCUCAGAAUGGUGAGCUUGACGGUGAGAAAAUACAGGCCCUCGAGUGACGACGAUAGCGCGAGAUACGCUUGGAGGAUAGCCAGCUGAGAAUGUCGGAACAAAACGGGCCUACGGAGGGCCCGGGCUGGUGGCCACCCUCGCAGUCCUGGAAGUCGGCUAGCAACGCGUCGUCGUCGUCGUCCUCAUCGAUUCCAUCCUCGCGUUCACUCGAGGCUGGGAAAAAUGUUUCUGUCACGACGAUCAACGUGCCACCGGCCCAGGAAAUGCACGACGGUAAAAGCGUAUGCAAAUAUCUCGGAGGGCAGAAUGGCGUGACGGUGUCGGUGGUCUCGAAUUGCGGAAGUGGUCCAGGCAGCGCGAUGGGGACGGGACCGGGAGGAGGGAGUGGAGGCGCAUCUUCUUCGUGUCCGGAAUCGAGUUGCCUCGAGGAUUUUGAGGACAGCGACGGCGAAGUUAGUAAAAUCGAUUUUCGGGGGGUCAAUCUACGAACGAAGAAGAAACGAGACGCCUCGGGUGGUGGUGGCGGAUCGGAGAACGAAUGCGGCGCCGUGGGCGCCGACAAUCUCGAGCAACAACAGCCCGAGAGACCGAUGUCAUGGGAGGGCGAAUUAUCCGAUCAAGAAAUGUCUUCCAAUACCAUAACUAAUCAGGAUCACGAGGAAACGUCGAUGGAAGGGGUUCAGGUGUGCGGAGCGAGUCCGGGCCCACAGGAGCAAAAAUUUCCGAUAAAACCGGAGCCAGAUUUCCGUUCGAGUCCGAGUUUAUUGAUAGGAUCACACAACGACGGGAGUUUGGGGCUGUCGCACGUACAGCAAAUGCAACAGCAGCAGCAACAGCGAGGUAUCGAUGGUUUGGAGUCGACGCAGCAGAGCGACCUGCCGUUGUUGGUUGGAAAGCUUUUGGGUGGUUACAGCAGUUCAACGCCGAAUCACAGUCCGAUAUUGAAUCCGCGUCAUCAUUUAACGAAGCACAGUCACACGAGGUCGCAGGUGCCCUCACCAGAUUCGGCGAUUCAUUCGGCGUACAGCGUCUUCAGUUCGCCGACCCAAAGUCCGCAUGCCGCUCGUCAUUCGGCCCUGGGUGCUGGCAGUCCUGUGCCAUCGUCGUCCUUGUCGCGUCACAGCUUCAACAAUUCGACCUCAUCGCUGUCCCUCUCGCUGUCGCAUUCAUUGUCUCGCAACAAUUCGGACGCUUCGAGCAGUUGUUACAGCUACGGCUCGUUGAGUCCGCCCACCCAUUCGCCGAUCCAGCAACCGAGACACUCGCAUGCGCAGCAUCAUCACCAUCAUCAUCACCAACAGCAGCAGCACCAACAGCAACUGUCACAAGCCGGUAGCCCUCUGCAUUUGGCUUCAUCAACGGCCACCAAUCCUCACAAUUACGGUCAUCAAAAUUCGGAAAUAUCCUCCGAAGGCGGUCAUCCCGAGGAUCAAGAAGACUGUAAAAUUCCAACUGCCACAUCGGGCAUCUCGACGAGGCAGCAAUUAAUCAAUAGUCCUUGCCCGAUAUGCGGCGACAAAAUAAGUGGCUUUCAUUACGGCAUAUUUUCGUGCGAAUCUUGCAAAGGUUUCUUCAAAAGGACCGUGCAAAAUCGAAAAAAUUACGUUUGUCUCCGAGGCGCCGGGUGCCCCGUUACCGUCGCAACCAGGAAGAAAUGUCCUGCUUGUCGUUUUGACAAAUGCCUCAAUAUGGGCAUGAAAUUAGAAGCCAUCAGGGAGGAUCGAACGCGCGGCGGUAGAAGCACUUAUCAAUGCACUUACACGCUCCCCGCUAAUUUGAUCGGGAGCUCCGGUGGCGGGAUGCCGAACGAUAAAAUGACCGGUGGUAACUGCAGCCCGGCACCACCGGGCUCCGAGCACCAUCAUUCGGCGAGGCACCAUUGGAAUCACUCCCACAAAAUUCAGGUAGUUCCACAACUGCUCCAAGACAUUAUGGACGUCGAACAUUUGUGGCACUACAACGACAACGAUCGCGUAACCGGCGGCAGUCAAAGUGGCAAUGUCUCCGGCGGUGGCAAUGGCUCGCCGAUGCCCAACGACAUCCCUGGACUUGGCGUUGGUGGCCUGGGCUCCGGUGCUGGCGCCGGAAGCCUCAAUCCUCCAACCAACAACGGCAACGUUGACAAUCGUUGUGAAACAACAAGGUCCAACAGUUCACCGUCCAGUCUCACCAACGAGCAACAUCAACAAAACUCAACCUCCAAUAACCCAACCAACGGCAGCAACAAUCCGACCCCCAAUCCCAAUGGCAAUACCUCACAAAAUCCUGACUUUUUAUCGAAUCUCUGCAACAUCGCGGAUCAUCGACUGUACAAAAUUGUCAAAUGGUGCAAAAGUUUGCCGCUCUUCAAGAAUAUCUCAAUCGACGAUCAAAUUUGCCUGCUGAUCAAUUCGUGGUGCGAAUUGCUCCUGUUCUCGUGCUGCUUCCGUAGCAUGAGCACGCCCGGCGAAAUUAGAGUCUCCCUAGGCAAAUCCAUCACUCUCGAACAAGCUAGACAACUGGGACUCGCAACCUGUAUUGAAAGGAUGCUCGCAUUUACUAAUAAUCUGAGAAGGCUCAGGGUCGAUCAAUACGAAUACGUCGCAAUGAAGGUUAUCGUUUUGCUGACAUCGGACACGAGCGAGCUUAAGGAACCCGAGAAAGUGAGAGCUUCCCAGGAGAAAGCGCUGCAAGCUCUGCAGCAGUACACGAUUGCGAGGUAUCCGGAGAUGCCGGCCAAAUUCGGCGAGCUGUUGCUCCGAAUACCGGAUCUUCAGAGGACUUGUCAAGCCGGAAAGGAGUUGCUGAGUGCCAAAAGGGCCGAGGGAGAGGGCAGUUCUUUCAAUUUGUUGAUGGAAUUGCUCAGAGGAGAUCACUGAAACGUCCACAAGCUGCUGUUGUUGCAGCAGAUUCCACGCUUAUAGGGUCCAUAAGCUCCGGGAAUCAGGUUGUAGUAGUUAAGAAAUGGGAAAGACAAAGAAGCUUUCCCGAAAUAUUGUUUUUUUUUUUUUUUUUUAAUCAAGCAGACAAGAUAUCUGGAUAAAAACAAAAACAAUAAAAAAAAAAACAACAAACGACUGGUAACUCGCGCAUAGUCCGUAAUAGAGUUUAAGAUAAUGGUGAGGGGACUACUUUCUGAUAGAACUUAUUUUAGGAAUAGGCUCAUAGAGGACUUAUAUGAUGAUGAUAUAUAUACACCUAAUGUAUAUAUAUAAAUUUUAUAAAACAUUAAAAAUGCUUCCAUACGAGGCCUGAGCUCUUGCAUUCCUGCCUUGAUAAAUCAGGAGUUUCUAUGGCGGCCUAUAUUUGCAUCUUACGUUCGUCCAACGUUACUCGAGAGUUGCGAGUGAGACUGAAACUUUGGCCUGGAGCGUCGUUUGCGUAAGAAAUUAAAGAAUGAGCAAAAUAAAAAAAGGAAACACGAAACUGAGCUUCAUAUAUAUUGAUACACAAAUAUAAGUAUAAAAAUAUAUAUGAUAGGGGCUUAUUGAGAUUUUUCAAAGCGAGUCCCGAGUGUGAGAAAAUGUUUGCAUACGUGUCCUCCCGUCGAACACUUAUUUUUAUGAUUUUAAACAAACACAAACGUUGACGACGAAUUACCAGUAUUUUCGUACCGUGUCCUUUUUUUAUGAUAAUUUUAAAUGUUUACUUAAUAUCAAUGCAUAAUUGUUCGUGUCCCGGUAAUAAGAAUGUACUUAAAAAAAAUGAACAAACGAACGUUUUGGACGAUUGAUGUCGAACGAACUCGUUUAAUUCUUCAAAUGCUUUUGCAUAUAUAUUUAUAUACGUAAUACGUAUGUUCCGAUGAACGAGCAUUUAAAGAAUAAAAUUCGUAUAUUCGUUCAUACGGAUGCGUUGUUAACGGCACACGUAUCUCGUCUAACCUCAUCGAGGUUUAAAAAGUUCUUUUUGUUUGAUGAGAAAUUUCGUUGGAAUGAAAGAUAAAUCCUUAGCUUGUAAGAACGCCGCGUUAUUUUUAUUACUUUUAUAUACGAAAAUUCUUAAUCCCCGACAACAGUUUUCCGUACUUUGUGUACAUCCCUUUUGUUUUUUUUUUUUAAAAAAAGCAUUUUUUGUAACGAAUUUAGAGUAAGAAGUGUGCGUCCUGUGGAGAUAAUUCUCGUGCAUUCCGGCUUUGGGAACGCGGAUGAAAAAUCCUUUUUAUAUAUUCGUCAUUUGCACCCGAGUUUAUAAUGUUUUUCUUUUCUCUUAUCGUGGGCGUGCCUAGCGUGCCAAAAAGUGACGGAAAAAAAAAACAAAAAACAAAUGCUAUUUGUAAAGAGAGAUUUAAAAUCGUGGUCGAACGACGUAAAACACAAUGUUCCGAGAGAGGUGAAAUGAUUUUUCACAAAAAAAAAAAAACAUCAUAUAAUACGAAAAAAUUCAUACGAACCGAAACCGCUGAAGGAAAAUAAGAAUGAAAAUAUCUCUAGGACGUGUCUAUGAACCUGUUGAAAAGAUACGAUAAAGAGUAUUGACAUAGGCUACAAAAACAAUAAUAAUAAUAAUAAUAAUAAUGACGAUAAGGAUAACAAUAAAAAGAAAAAAAAAUGAGAAAAAAAACGCCUUGUUGGCCAGCAGGAGAGAAACGUAGUCUCCGUAAUUGCCUAUCUAUUAUAUGUUUCACGCGCCGCGUAUCUCUCGCGAUACGCGUUGGCGGCCGUGCGUUGUUGUUGGCCUUUCAAAGCUCGCCUGGCAUUCCGAGCGAUGCCGGUUGCGGGCUGAACGUAGCUUUUAACUUUUAACAAAUGAAGGAGAUGAAAAAAUGCUUUAUCAGAGAUCGUCACACUGAGAAAAAAAGAUGCUGUUCCUCAAAUUAGACCGUACAGAGUGUCAAACUAAUUUUUAGUAACGAUGGAAUCUUCAAGUUUUUCAACCAACUAAACUUUUGGAAUUGAUUUGAAAUUUUUUCCUACCACGGAAUUGAACGCAGCGAAUGCAUACGACCGAUCAUUCGGGCGGGUUUUUUAUCCGCUGUUCAUCAAUCGCUUUAGUUAAAUUCUAGAUUUUUAAUCUCUCAGUGAAAUAACGAGUAACAAUCCUCGUUCCGAUCCAUUUUAAACGGAAAAUGUAAUGAAAAACAUUUAUUAAACAGUAUAAGUUUAUAUUAAUGCGUAUGCCGAAAAAAGACUGCAUUGUGUGCGAGUUAGAGCGAACGAGAGAGAGAGAGAGAGAGAGAGAAAGUGAAAGAAAAAUGGGAAAUAUAGCUUUGUCGUGUUCGCAGCGCGCGGUAAAAGUUUCACUUCGCAGGUUGACACGCACCAAAUACAAGGUCACACAUUCCUCGUAUUACGUGCCGAUAGUGAUCAAAUCGAUCCACAAAUAUCGUAUUUCAACUGACACAAACUCAAUGAGAUUCAAUAUUUAUAAACUUUGAAAUAUUUCAUCGUUACAACCAAUAACGCAACUUUAAAUCAUUCACCCCGUUAUUCGAUUAAUCGAAAAAAGUGAAUUCGACGACUCCUCCAACAUAUCUGCAAAAGAAGGAAGUUCUGUGACGUAAAAUUUUUCGUGGGAAGAGCUUCUUGGUAUCGAUACUUUGUAAGCUAUUAAUUAGCGAUACUCGAAAUGUCAUGACCCGUAUAGAAAGCCUGCUGGUGAAGGUUUUACCGAACGAUGCAAUUUAUACAUUCAUAUAAUGUGUUCACAUAUGUAUGUAUAUAUGAGAUGUGCGUGCACGGGGGCAAACGUGCAUUAUGUAAUUUGCUAAUAGUCCGAAUACCGGAGGGAGAAAGUAUAAUCCGACGUAACGUUUUGAGUUUUGUUUUGUUGUUUAUUAUUUGCAACGUUUACCAUCUCCUCGCAUCGAUUGGAUCGAUAAUAAAUGCAGAAAAUAAAUGUAGGAGAAAAUAUCUUUUAUAGAUAAAAUAAUAUUUCCUGGAUAGCAAAUAUUACAGAAACAAUGAAAAGCGGGCACGCGAUUUAACGAUUAUACUUAAUAUUUAAAAUAAAGAAAACGAAAGAUCCAGUAUUUCCAAUGAUUUAUUUAUGAAUUGGUAUUAAAAAAAGUGGCAAAAACGUCGAUGAAAAAUAGAGAGAAAAUUGCGAUUUUACAAUUGACAGAGUCGGACGUUGUCCAAGAAUGUAAAUAUUGAAUUGAAGAAAUGUUGAAAACGAUGAUAAUAACAUUGCAAUCGGCGAGUGACGUUUCAACGUCGAGGAAUAUAGAUGUACUAAGGCGAACGUGGGCGCGUCAACAAUAAUGUUCUCAGUGAACGAGAAUGCGAGGAAUAAUUUGUUUCAAAGUGUAUUGGCAAUAGCGAGAACGAGAGAGAGAGAGAGAGAGAAAGAAAAAAUGAAAAGUGCGUCGUGAUCGAUUUGUGAUUACGUCCUUGAGCGAUAGAUGCAAACGAGCGAGAAUGCACGAUUUAGAUAAUUAAGAUAUAGAUAUUUGCCUGUUGAAAAAAAUGACUAUUCUAUGUUUAUAUUUGAUAGCUAUUUUUACGAUCUUUUUGGAAUAUUAUACUUAUAUUUGCAAUUUGAAAAUUGUUUUAUCAUUCAUACAUACAUAUUAAUGAGAUGCGAACAUUUUUUUUACAUCUAAAUGAAUUAUUUAUCGACAUCGUGAGCGCGUGAUUUUACACGUGUGUCAGUUGAAUGAAUGGUUUUAACUAAACGCAUUAAUUUUUGUUUUUAUUUCAACUUUUUGUUUGUUUUGUCAAUUGACGCAUGAAAAUUAAGAAUCUUGUGGAUAUGCUUAAACAGUCCAUUUUUCCCAUUGUGAAAUUCCAUUUUUCGUUAUUGAUAUUCUCGUUCAAAUGAAUUUAUAAAAAAGCUCUAUACUCAGCGCGCAUCCGAGACUCGCCAACGAUGACAAUAUUCGGACAAAUGUGUCCAAAAAAUGAAAAAAAAAAAAAAUUAAUAAAUAUACCGAAAUAAUGAGACGGAAUUAUAUUCGAUAUUCGAAGAGCUUAAAAACGUACGAUAGACUGGUAAACGACAAUUACAUUGUAAUGGAAAUAUAUCAAUAUUAUAUACACCACGAAAAUCUAUAGUUUCAGAAACGUAGUUUAAAGAGAUUAAGGAAUUCGUAAAGUUAUUAGAGUAAAAGAAGAAAACGGCAGUGUAACAUUGAAGAAAGGUGGAAAAAGCUUGUUUCCAGCCCUAUAAAAACACUUUUUUUUUUUUAUAGUAAUAACGAUUUUUUUUUCUUAGAUACUCAGACCUAUCGUAGUAUUUCUUUUGAGGAAUACUGAAAAACACGAGCGCGAUUACUCAAACAGAGAAUUCAAUAAACUCGGUUUUAUAUUACUAUUUUAUUUUUUCAAGCUGGAGAGAAUAUCGAAGUGGGCAAUGCGACUGAUUCAUCGAUUACAUAUGAGAGGUAGAGGACCAUUUGAAAAUUUUUAAACAAAUUUAUGAUAACUGCACACCAUUGACGUUACGUGGUCGACGUUUAUUGUCAAUUCCGUACUCAAGGUAGGAACACGGCUAUUCGAGAGAAAAAACAAUGAACAAGAACGUAUAUAUACAAUAGCCAGAGCGUACUUUUAUACAUACAAUACGAAUUAUUAUUGCAAAAUAAAAGAAUAUGAAACUUUUUACUGAA